AAAAUAACACAAAAUAUCAGUUUGCUACAAAUUGCGGCAGAACUAUGCGAUUUUGACGCAAACUGUAUAAUUCCGUGCCAAUGACCUCAACUAAGCUUCUCUUGAACCUGAAUGAUGUUUACCAUGCCUUGAUAAUCAUCCAAGCUUCGAUUUUCUUGUUGUGGAGAUCCGAAGCAGCCAAAGUCAUCCCACUUCUUACCGAUAGUGAAAUUUGCUCUCUUUUUAUCAAGUUAACUACCGAGACCUUCCGUGCAUGGUUAGCUCCUUGUGUCGGAUAUACUUUUGCUCAGCUAGUGACAGUGGGUGAAUACAUUGACGAUGGACUAAAGACAGUCCAAGCAAACCUUAUGCAACCACCUUAUCCGCACGGGUACGAUCCACAAGCUAAAUAUGAAUAUCAUAAUGUAACAGGUCAUGGUACCGAAUACUGUACAACUCUAACACAUAAAAUUCAAGAUCUCAUCGAUGAAGAAAAACUCCAACUGGAUGAAACUAAGAGUGCUCCAAACAUCACUCAGAAUCCUUUAUCUCCACAUGGUGCACCCACCAUGAAUAUGAUUGCCCUUGAUGAAGUUGAUAGACUCGUAUCGGAGAAUGCCGGUUUUUGGUCUCUUGAUGGAUUGUUUGCCAUUUUGAUAGAGUAUGAUCUUAUUCAGCCAAUUGCAUCAAUGAGCUCAAAUGUUCUGCCAGUAAUGAUUGAUGAUGCUUUGGUCCAUCUUGACGUAUUGCUCAAAGUCUUGAAAGAGGCACAUGUGCCUAAGAACAUUGAUACUCAGAAGUUUGGGACUGUGAUUGGGGUAAUCUUAGCUCCAAAUUAUAUUCAUUUCACUGAUGAUGAGAUUUUCGACAAAGGAUAUGGACAUACUAAAGCUCUAUUUCAGUCCAAUUUGAAAGUGGAUGAGUCUCACGUUAAUCAGUGCAAUACAGUGGUUCAUGCUUUUGAUGGAACAAAGAGGAAUGUGGUUGGAAAGAUUGAGCUUCCAGUGGAAAUUGAUCCUGUGACUUUUGAUGUGGAUUUCUUUGUUAUGGACAAUUCUCCUGCUUUUAAUAUGCUUCUUGGGAGACCUUGGAUACAUGUUGCCAGAGUAGCACCAUUCACCUUGCAUCAGAAAGUCAAAUACAUUGUCAAUGGUGUUCUUGUCACGGUGAAUGGCGAGGAAGAACAUGUCAUCCGAAAGGCUACAACCAUUCCUUGGGAAUUGAUCCUGGAACUUAUGAAUCCUUUUAUCACUCAAUGAAGUAUGUUGUUGCUUUUUAUAUACAUCCAAAGUUCAUACGGAAAUGGGCUAAAAUGGCUAAACCUACUAGGGUUGCUGCUAAAACCAUGCUUUCAUGUUAGUACUAGUUGGGAAAGGGUUUAGGGUUGAAUGGACAAGGAAUUCUUAAGCCUAUUGAAGUAAUUUCAGCUUGGGGCACUUUUGGCUUGGGAUACAAGCCGAAGAAGGAAGAUUGGUAGAGAAUGUGUGUUAUUAAAGUGAAGAAGCGCCU